AGCCUCCGGUUAGUCCCACCACACUGGUGACCGGGAGGAGCAUGCGACCACAACGGGCAUGACACUAAUCCACACGGAAACACGGCACGGUGCCAGCGGGUGGCCUGUUUCCGUUCAGUAACGAAUCGAUGGAACCGCGCGAGGGUUAACUUUUGACUGCAGAGCGGAGAAAUCUCCAUUUAUCAUAUCAUUGACGUAUUGAUGCGUGUGUCUUAGGAAUACAUUGAAAAUCCUACUCAUUUCGAUAAGCGAUAAGUGAUAAGCGGAUAAGAUAGCGGUUUUUUUCACUCUGAAUCGGAAAAGCAAAAAUUGCUUCGCACACAUCGCGAUAGUGUGAAAAGUGCAGAGCUGUCGGAAGAAUGUCUGUCGAUCAAGAUUCCUUGGAACCCACGCUAGUGACGGUAAGGUCCUUGACCUACUAUGAGAAAAAAUCAUUGGACCGUUCCCUUGGAAGCACGUCGAUCCCUUCCACACCGGUUAGCAUUGUCUCUGAGAAAAGCUGCGAUAAGCGCAAGUCCUUGGUCUACAGUGAUGGCCUGUUCAGCAUCACGCUGCACCAUUACGACAGCAUCGUCAGCGAACUGAAGUGUCCCGGCUGUGCCCAACCGUUGUACGGACCGAUUGUGUUGUGCCAAACGGGUCACAGCAUCUGUGCACAGUGUCCCAAGCGGUUGAGCACGUGUCCGCUGUGUCGGAAAAAGUUAACCGAGAUGCGGAACUACACCCUGGAAGCGAUUGCCGCAAAGGUGCACUUUCCGUGUAUGCACUCGUCGCGUGGCUGCACCGUACGUUUGCCUCCGCAGCUAAUUAUGUGGCACAAGGAACGAUGCGGCUUCAAGCAAGUGGAGUGUUUCAUGGGCAAGGUGUGGGAGAACUGCGCCUGGGUUGGUAGCGAUAAGGACUGGAUGGAUCACUGCAUCACCGGACACCAGGACAAGGUGUACAGCUCUCCGGACAUUGUGCUUACAUGGAACUACGCCUUGGACAGCCAGAAGUGCAUCCAGCUGCAAUCCGUUAUCGCGUACUAUGUAAUCCGUGCGUACGGGCAGUACUUCAACGUGUACCAAAUCUACGACCAGAACAGUCGGAAAACCAUCUGGACGGUGAUCUGCAGCGCGAAGGAAACCAAGACUUGCCAGCGGUUCGCGUUCGAACUGGAACUAUACUCGCCGAUUGAUAGUGCCAAGCUGCUGGUGCAGAGGUUUUCCUGCCAUGCGGAAAGCGAUGCGGAUUUUUUGAAGGACGGCCACUGCGCUAAAAUUCCAAUCGAUGAAGCGAUUCGGUUCAUGACGACCGAGAAGAUCCUCUACUACCGCGUCCGGAUAAUCGAGGUCACCCCGUCUCGCAGCCGCAGUUUGGUGCUGAUCACCCAGUCCCAAAAGUUGCAAUCGUCAUCUUCCACCCGACAACGGCAGCAGCUACCAAUCGAUUAUGCGGCCACACAAAUCGAGAACGUCAACAUGAAGGCGGUUCCCGACACGAACAUAAUAGUGCGCAGCACGUACUCGCCGGAGGAAUCCUCACCGCCAACGACCGAUCGUAUAAGCCUAAGCUCAUCCGAUCCAUCCACGAUCAAGGAUGAACAACAACGGUCGGAUAGUUCCGACGACGGGGACGGGGACGACGAACCCACCAUUGCACGGGCGAGAGCGACCUCUACCCCUAUUCUCAACAGGGUCAAUUCACUUCCGAAACCACCCCGAUCACACAGUCGGGCCAAUCCGGGUGGAGUGGAGAGUGAUUCCGAUCAGCAGUUGGUCCGCUGUCGGAUCCUGGACCGGUACGAUGACAGUAGCCGAAUAAGAACGAUUUUGAACGGAGAAACCUCGCCGGAUAAAGGGGAUAAAGCGACCAAAGCGUCAAGCGAAAGUUUAAGUACUCCCGCGAAAGGUUUAAGCCGGUUUUAUAAUCUUACAACCUACAAAGCCUCGAAGCUGUUGAACAGAAAAAGUUUGAAAUAGUUUCGAUAUGUUUUUUCCGAGUCACUGUACAUUUCAUUGCUUUUCUACAGUCGAUCGUCAAUCGAGAGUGAUUUAUUCGCAAAAAUAAAGUUUCGGUACUCUUUCCUAUAACUCGUUAUCGUCCGGAUGAUAAAGUUCACUUAGCAAUCGGUAGAUGUAAGACGGGGCGUUGCCACCACUGUUUAAAAUAAACAUAAAA